GGAGGGGGAGAGAGAGAGAGAGAGAGAGAGAGAGAGUUGUAGGUUACUGUGAUAGAGACGAAGAAGAAUGGAGGGCUUGGGUGGUUACUUCAUGGAUGAGAAAGCGGUGCGCGUGGAGACCAUUUUCCUGGACUUCCUCAAGAGCUUUAGAUUUGGGAAUUCGGCGGAGCCCUAUUACGAGGCGGAGAUCGAAGCAAUGAAAGCCAGCGAGUCUACCACCAUGUUCAUCGACUUCUCUCACGUAAUGCUUUUCAACAAUCUCCUCCAGAAGGCCAUUGCCGAAGAGUACUUGAGGUUUGAGCCGUAUCUGAGGAACGCCUGCAAGAGGUUCGUGAUGGAGCAGAAGCCUACUUUCAUAGCCGAUGAUAACCCUAAUAAGGACAUCAAUGUUGCCUUCUUCAACCUUCCUCUCACCAAGAGGUUGAGAGAAUUAGCUACAGCAGAAAUCGGAAAACUAGUAUCGGUAAGUGGAGUGGUGACUCGCACAAGUGAGGUACGGCCAGAGCUUCUCCAAGGGACUUUCAAGUGCUUGGAAUGCGGAAACAUCAUCAAAAACGUUGAGCAACAGUUUAAGUACACUGAGCCAACAACAUGUGUGAGUGCCACCUGUAUGAAUAGAACAAGGUGGGCAUUGCUUCGGCAAGAGAGCAAAUUUGCGGACUGGCAGAGGGUAAGAGUGCAGGAGACUUCUAAAGAGAUACCUGCUGGCUCCCUUCCCAGAUCACUGGAUGUUAUUCUUCGCCAUGAGAUUGUGGAACAAGCCAGGGCUGGCGACACGGUCAUUUUCACUGGCACUGUGGUUGUGAUACCGGAUAUAAUGGCAUUAGCAUCCCCUGGUGAGAGAGCAGAAUGUCGUCGUGAUGCAUCGCAGCGGAAGAACUCUUCGGGUGCAAAUGAGGGUGUGAGAGGCCUUCGAGCAUUGGGAGUGAGAGACCUAUCCUAUCGCCUUGCCUUCAUUGCCAAUUCAGUUCAGGUUUCUGAUGGUAGAAGGAACUCUGAUGUCAGGAAUAGAAAGAAGGAUGGUGAUGAAGGCGACAACCAGCAGUUCACAGCAGAAGAACUAGAUGAUAUUCAAAGAAUGAGAAAUACUCCUGAUUUCUUCAAUAAGCUUGUUGAUAGCAUUGCCCCAACUGUGUUUGGUCACCAAGAUAUCAAGCGAGCAAUCCUGCUUAUGCUCCUGAGUGGUGUGCACAAGAUUACUCAUGAAGGCAUCAACCUGAGAGGUGACAUUAAUGUCUGUAUUGUUGGAGAUCCCAGCUGCGCAAAGUCUCAGUUCCUCAAGUAUGCUGCAGGCAUAGUUCCAAGAUCUGUUUACACAUCUGGAAAAUCCUCCUCGGCAGCUGGAUUGACUGCAACUGUGGCCAAAGAACCAGAAACUGGAGAAUUCUGUAUUGAGGCAGGUGCACUGAUGCUUGCUGACAAUGGCAUUUGUUGCAUUGAUGAAUUUGACAAGAUGGACAUUAGAGAUCAGGUGGCAAUUCAUGAAGCCAUGGAACAACAGACAAUAAGCAUUACAAAAGCAGGAAUACAAGCAACACUAAAUGCAAGGACCUCAAUUCUCGCUGCUGCCAACCCCACAGGGGGGCGGUAUGACAAGUCUAAGCCACUCAAGUAUAAUGUGGCUCUUCCUCCUGCUAUUCUUUCGAGAUUUGAUUUGGUGUAUGUUAUGAUCGAUGACCCAGACGAUCAAACUGACUACCACAUUGCCCAUCACAUUGUGAGAGUGCAUCAGAAGCGUGAAGCGGCACUCAGUCCUGCCUUCACAAUUGUGGAGCUGAAACGUUAUAUUGCAUAUGCAAAAACUCUGAAGCCCAAGCUAAGCGUAGAAGCCAGGAAACUGUUGGUGGAAUCUUAUGUUGCUCUCCGUAGAGGUGAUACAGCUCCUGGGAGUAGAGUUGCUUAUCGCAUGACAGUUAGGCAGCUGGAGGCCCUAAUAAGACUGUCAGAAGGCAUUGCUCGAAGUUAUUUGGAAACUCAGGUACAACCACGUCAUGUUCGUGUGGCAGUAAGAUUGCUAAAAACAUCCAUAAUCAGUGUGGAGUCUAGCGAUAUUGAUCUUUCAGAGUUUCAAGAAGAAAAUCGUGAUGAUGGCAAUGGCGGUGAUGAUGGCAAUGGCGGUGGUGACGGAAAUGGCGGUGGUGCUGGCAAAGAAGGCACUGGUCAAGAUGAUGCUCAACCAAGCAACUCUACAGCUGAGCCAGCUUCUGGAAAUGUUGAAAGUGGAGCAGGUUUGGCAAAUCGACAAGGGAAAAAGCUUGUGAUUACUGAUGAGUAUUUUCAGAGGGUCACCCAAGCACUAGUAAUGCGCCUUAGACAGCACGAAGAAGCUGUAAUGCACGAAGGGACUGGUUUGGCUGGAAUGAGGCAGAGAGACUUGAUCCAAUGGUAUGUGGCUCAGCAGAAUGAGAAAAAUAACUACAACUCCAUGGAGGAGGCAGCAAAUGAAGUUUCCAAAAUUAAAGCCAUCAUCGAGAGUUUGGUACGAAGGGAAGGCCAUUUGAUAGUGGUAGAUGAUGGUAGACAAGCAGCAGAGGGUGAAGGUCCAGGGCAGUCAUCAUCUGUAUCUAGGAAUGACAGAAUUUUAGUUGUUGCUCCAAAUUAUGUCGUAGAUUGAGGUGGAAAAGCUUUUAAAACUAAGUGAUCGCCUCACCUAUCGCCCAUAAGCUCCCAGUAUAACUUAGCCAUGUGUAGGCCGCAAGUUUGGCGUUAUAUAUUAUAGUGGGAUUCAUUAGAGCUGAAAUCAAGGUGCCAGGAAGCACGGUUGCCUGAUUGCCCAAUUAUUCGAUGUUGUUAUCCAAAAUAGUAGUAUUUCAGCUGAUUGCUGCUGCAAGAGAGAGAUAGAUUUUUCUAUUAAUUUGCUGUAACCUAUGUUGUAAUGCAUUUUUUUUUUUUUUUGAAGCUUUAAAUUCAUUGUGAAUGUGCUGAUUUUAGAAGCUGUUAAAUGAAA